AUGCAUGAUGACAUCGAGAGAUACGUAAAAGAAUGUAAUCAUUGCGAUCGCACAGCAAGCAACCCAGUAAAAGAACUAUUACAUCCAUGGCCAAAUCCAGAGAAAUCAUGGUCACGCCUUCACAUUGAUUUCGCAGGCUCGAUACAUGGACAAUGGGUACUCGUCAUUGUCGACAGCUACUCCAAAUUCGUAGAAGCAAGAUGGUUCUCAACAAUAACAUCGGCAGCAACAUGUCGAUAUCUGCGAAGACUCUUUAGUCAAUAUAGAUCUCCUGAAGUACUAGUUUUAGAUAACGAUACUUAA